AUGUGUUGGAACCAGUUGGCUAAAAACACCCCUUCCAGCGAUAAGUGUCUAUGGCUAUCAACCUCACGUGGCGACUACGCUCUGCUUGUUCCUCGAGCGACCUACUCGGAUACGUGGGAAGCAUCCCUUCAUUUGCAUGGGUCUGAAGCAAAAGACGCUCAAGUUUGUGUCUGGCCCACCCAAGGCUCUCGUCCUGACUGGUGGGACGCUCAUUGGAAGGAUUCCUGGCCAUGGGACGAAGACGAGGAUGCGAUGGAAGUAGACGAGGACACUCAAACAGGUUCGGGAUGGCCAAGGCUUGGACCUCAUGGGGAUCUGCGAUUUCCAGGACAGCCUCGUAGCAAUCUACAUUCACUAUCACCCUGGAUUCUUAGUCCUGACGGCCUCACAUUGACCUCUAAGGAGUAG